GUCCAUCCAAACGGGCUCUAUAUUAUCUUCACUUCCUCCUUUUUUGUACCUAGAUUUGUUGAACUUGAGUGGAGGGUCAUUCGAAAACAGCCUCUCUACCUUUACGAGGUGAGGUAGUGGUAAGGUUUGCGAACAUUCUACCCUCUCCGGACCUCACUUGUGGGAUUUCAUUGGGUAUGUUGUUGUUGUCGUCAUAUCUUUAUAUGGUAAGCGGGUCUAGUCCAUAUCCAUUUGAGCUUCUGGUCCAUGCUUCAGUUGGGCGUAGCCUGGAGGUGGUGUUAGAGUGGUUAGAGUACCACAUUAGUUGGGAAAUGAACUGGUGGUUUGCUUAUAUGGAUUUGGACAAUCUCCUUAUGAGCUAGCUUUUGGAUUGAGUUAGAUUCAGGUGUCGUAGCUUUACCUGUUGAACCUAGUGUUAUGGUAAGUCAUUGGUAUUCUUUUAUUUGGGGUGAAGGUAUGUUAUAUGUAUGUAUAUCUGUUUCAAGAAAAUCAAGUCUUCUAUAAGUACUGUAGAAAUUUUAAUUUAUUUUUUGGCAGUAUAUUUAAGAAGGAAAUGCUAAAUUGUUAAAAGCUCUUCUUGAACUAGGAUUGUGUUGUGAAGAAUAUAUUUGGUAGGUGGUAUUUGCCUGAAGUGGAGGAAAUUACUUUUGGAGUUGGGAGAUUUAAGUGGCAGUAGUAUAAGAUUCUUGCCUGUUGUACAAAUUUUGUGGGGUUAAUGUGUUGUGUCUGGUACGUUAAUGGACACACAAGAAAAUCAUUUGGCCAUUUGUUAGUUACAUAAUAUGGAGGGGACCAACUGACACAAUAAAUGCGAAGCAUAAAUAUAUGCCUUCUUUAUUUUUUUACAGCUCACUGGUUUCAAUUCCUCAGUGGAAUAUUUAGUAGAAUUCAGGUUCCAGUUUUCCCCUUACAAAGGCCAGAUGAAAUAUUAAUGCAAAAUCAAAGUGGUAACAUAGUGCAAAAGACAAUGGAGUAUGGGGAUAUGCCUUGUGAAAAUGGGAUACCAACAAUGAUCACAUGGAGUCAUGGAGGACAUGAAGUUGCUAUUGAGGGAUCAUGGGAUGGCUGGAAGACAAAAGAUUACCUACAAAGAACAGACAAGGACUUCACUGUCAUGAAGGUGUUGCCAUCAGGCGUGUAUCAUUACCGGUUCAUUGUAGAUGGACAAUGGAGAUAUGCUCCAGAUUUUCCAUGUGAACGUGAUGAUACGGGAAAUGUGUUCAAUGUCUUGGACUUGCAGGAUAUUAUUCCAGAGGUCCUAAAUAACACCAAUAUGUCAGAAGCACCUCCUUCCCCUGAAUCAAGCUACAGCAGUGUGCCUUUCAGUUCAGAAGAUUUUAACGAAAAACUACCUGAUUUGCCUCCUCUGUUACAACAGACACCCCUGGACCAACCGUCUUCAUCUGCUGGUAGUAUGGAGACAUUUCAGAAGCCAUUACCAGCAGUAUUGAACCAUCUUUACAUACAGAAAACCCGUAGCAGUCAAUCAAUGGUGGUACUAAGUUCAACACAGAGAUUUCGCACCAAAUAUGUGACAGCAGUACUUUAUAAGUCCUUGAAAAACUUAAAAAAGUGAAAAGCUUCCAAAAUUUUCUGGAGUUGGAAGUCAAGAAAUCUGCCAAUGGAAUCGUUUUGAAUACGAAAGAUGAUCUAUGUAAGAAAAGGUAACAAAGGUCUCUACCACAUGAUGGAAGUGUUUUUUUGUUUUUUGACACUCAUUCCAAUAGUAAGAAUCUUAAUCCUACCGAAAAUGAUGAUGAAAUCUAGAUUUUUUUGUAUCUUCAUGUGAUAUUUACUAAUGUGAUGCUUCUGAAUAUCUGUAUGGCAACUAUGCCUGUGCAAGACUGAUAAAAAAAGGUUAGAUUUUACCUGUGUACAUGUGUAUUGGAAUUAAUAGAAAGAGACAUGAAGCUUUGUUCUAC